AUGAAUGCGACUUUCCUGAACCACAGCGGCCUGGAGGCGGCAGGUGGCGUGGGCGCCGGCGGGACGGCUUUGGGGAACCGCAGCCAAGGACUGGGUCCGUGGCUAGACUGCUGUCCCGGGGGUGCGCCGCUGGCCACCAGCGACGGGGUUCCCGCGGGGCUGGCGCCCGACGAGCGCAGCCUGUGGGUGUCGCGCGUGGCGCAGAUCGCGGUGCUCUGCGUGCUGUCGCUCACUGUGGUCUUCGGCGUCUUCUUCCUGGGCUGCAACCUGCUCAUCAAGUCCGAGAGCAUGAUCAACUUUUUGAUGCAGGAGCGCCGGCCCUCCAAGGACGUGGGCGCAGCCAUCCUGGGGCUGUACUGA